GCCACGCAGAAAGGCUUGUGCACUGCGCCACUUGUGGGCGGAUAUAUACACUCAGCCCUCUCUCUCUCCUUCUCCUUCUCCUCCUCCUCGCUCACAUUCUCUCUUCUCCUCCAUCAGGCAACAUCCUGCUCUCGCCUCCAUCUCCAGCAACCAUGUCCAGCACUGUAUCAGCCUACUCCGACAAGAUCAAAGAGAUGUCCAUGCUGUCUCUGAUCUGCUCCUGCUUCUACUCACAACCACAACCCAACAGCCUCUACCAAUACGGAGACUUGGAGGUGAAGUCCCUGAACAAGCGGGCAUCCGGCCAGGCCUUUGAGAUCAUCCUGAAGGCCCCCGCUGACCUCUCUCCAGACAGGCCCCAGCCCCUGCUUUCUGCUCCCAAGAAGGACCUCUCCCCGGACGAGCUCCAGAAGAGGCUGGAAGCUGCGGAGGAGAGGAGGAAGUCUCAGGAGGCCCUGGUGCUGAAGCAGCUAGCUGAGAAGCGGGAGCACGAGCGACAGGUGCUCCACAAGGCCCUGGAGAAGAACAACAACUUCAGCAAGAUGGCCGAAGAGAAGCUUAACUACAAGAUGGAGGUCAACAAAGAGAACCGCGAGGCCCAGCUGAAUGCGCUGAAGCAGCGGCUCCGGGAGAAGGAAAUCCAUGCCGCUGAGGUCCGUAGAAACAAAGAGCUCCAAGCUGACCUCUGUGGUUGAAAACAUUUUCUACAGUUUUGUCAAGAGAUUCUCAUCUGAUGGGUUUUGGUUGGAGGAAAUGCUACUUUUUAAAAUCUCAAUGUCUCAAAGGCUCUUGCAUUGUUCAGUAUACACUGGUUUCACAAGCUAAUAAUUUACACAGAUCUCUCAGUGUGUAUUUUUUUGCAAACCACAAACAUUUUGAAAUGCGAAGGCACAGUAGGUCAAAGGUCAGAUUUACUAAACCUUUGUACCUGUGUUAAGACUGCACCUGUGAGUUCAUACAAAACAACAACAUGAAAACAAUUGAAAAGUUAUUUCUCUGACCUUUUUUUACCUUUUGUUUAAAAUAAUAAUGUUUGGUUCUGUCCAGAAAAAUGACCAGUUACAUUUUGCAGUAGUGUAAAUACUUGGAAAAUCUGUCUGUGUGUCAGACCUAAAAAGCUACUGUAGAGUGGCGUAUGGUGAAAUAUUUGAUUGUUUUGGCUCAUGGGGCAGGCGAGAAGAGGUGGUGUGUGUGUGUGUGUGUGUGUGUGUGCAUCUUUAAUGUUUGUUUCUGUGUUGGGGAUGUUGGGGAUUUUGUACAGAUGCUAGUUUUAUGCAUGUUCAUGCACACCUUUUCAGAAGGGUGUGUGUGCGCCUACGUCAGAGAGAAAGGCUGUGAGUCGAUUCAAAACAUAGUAGUUCAAUAGGUAAUGUUCAAUUCUCAUAGGAAGUCAAUGUCUACGCUGCAUCUGUAUUCAUUUAUAGUAACACCCACUGUCAGUUUGUGCAGCUGUCUUCAAUCAAACAUGUAAAGUUAAUCAAUUGAGUAUAUAAAAUGGAGCAUAGUCACAUUUAGGCCUCAGUUCAGUAAAGUUCAGUAUUCACGUUGCUGUAGGUCAGGAAAUGAAUAAGGUUACGACACAUAUGUUUAAUUUGCUUGAAGAGUGGCUUCCGUUCUCGCUUCAGUUUCGUUUCCUAGCUACUGAAAUCUCCCACACAGUCUGUUUAUUUCUGAGAGUCACUCACUUGUGACUGUUGAGUAAGUGCCACUGUAGGGGACUACAUUGAGUAACAAGAUGACUCCACGACAGAAUGCCAUAGUUAGUUUGCAGUGAGAUACAGAGUCAAUGUGACAGAACUAGUUUUAUGCAAAUCAUAUGCAAAUAAGAAGGAUUAUGACGUGAACUUUGGCAUGCGAUGUAGAGGUAUCAAAUGCUGACAUAGCCUGAAUGUAUUACCAGACACACUUGCCCUUCUAGCAGCAUAUAGGCCUAGGUUACUCGUGCCAGGUUUCCCUAUACAGUAUAAUACUGGGAUAAUGCUGAGAUAAUGCUGCUCAGCUUCAGUGGGGUUGCGCUAGGACACACAGUGGGGUUAUGCUAGGACACAAUCCCGUCAUGCUGGUGCUUGAUUUGGUUGGUUGUUGCCUUGCCUUAAGUAACCUUGACAUCGUGCCAACUACUGUUUUAAUUAUCUUUGUCUAAGAUGGGUCCAGCAGUCCAUUAUGCUCACAUACACACAGUCUAUUAUGCUCACAUACACACAGUCUAUUAUGCUCACAUACACACAGUCUAUUAUGCUUACAUACACACAGUCUAUUAUGCUCACAUACACACAGUCUAUUAUGCUCACAUACACACAGUCUAUUAUGCUCACAUACACACAGUCUAUUAUGCUUACAUACACACAGUCUAUUAUGCUCACAUACACACAGUCUAUUAUGCUUACAUACACACAUUCUAUUAUGCUCACAUACACAUAGUCUAUUAUGCUCACAUACACACAGUCUAUUAUGCUCACAUACACACAGUCUAUUAUGCUUACAUACACACAGUCUAUUAUGCUCACAUACACACAGUCUAUUAUGCUCACAUACACACAGUCUAUUAUGCUUACAUACACACAGUCUAUUAUGCUCACAUACACACAGUCUAUUAUGCUUACAUACACACAGUCUAUUAUGCUUACAUACACACAGUCUAUUAUGCUCACAUACACACAGUCUAUUAUGCUCACAUACACAUAGUCUAUUAUGCUCACAUACACACAGUCUAUUAUGCUCACAUACACACAGUCUAUUAUGCUUACAUACACACAGUCUAUUAUGCUUACAUACACACAGUCUAUUAUGCUUACAUACACACAGUCUAUUAUGCUCACAUACACAGUCUAUUAUGCUCACAUACACACAGUCUAUUAUGCUCACAUACACACAGUCUAUUAUGCUUACAUACACACAGUCUAUUAUGCUUACAUACACACAGUCUAUUAUGCUCACAUACACACAGUCUAUUAUGCUCACAUACACACAGUCUAUUAUGCUUACAUACACACAGUCUCCGCACAUACAACGACUGUGUGAAUAACUCAACAAUAGCUCACCUUUGGUCAGCCGUUGUUGCUUGCAUAUAAAGUCUGAUAAACUAUAAUAAAGUUGGUGAUACCUUAUUUUUUCAUUUACAUUUGUGACAUUUAAUAAUUUACAUAUGUAUUGUUUACAAUUGUAGUAAAAUAUGUCACAUGAGAUCUGAUAUCAUAGCUUUCACACAUCUUUGAAAAAUCUAGCCUGGUAAAAAUAAUGCUUCAGAAUGAAUUUCACUGGAUCAAUAAACCCUUCAUGGCACGUUCAAA